ACAGACAAAGAGACAAAGACAGAGGGAGAAAUUUACCUGUUGUCUAGAACAUGAACUAUUAACACAUGUUACAGUUAAACUAAAUCUCACUUCCUUAUGGAUAAAUCUUAAACAAUAAAAGCCCCCAGUAGUUUCAAGACUUAUGGGAGUUCUGAAUACAGCGUUGAGAUACAAUGGAUAUAUUAAUAAGCAACAGGAAGAAAAUUACUUAUAGAGGCGGAAACAAUAAGACAGACUAGACACAUAUGGUAAAGAAUGUCGUAUCUACUGUUAUUGUUUCCGUGUGUUCUCUCCCUGAUGGUGAGGGCGGACACAACAUCAACAGCUGCGGAUACCUCCAUAAUCAUGACUACGGAACCCAUUACCAGUGUGUCAGAGUCAGAAUCAACGACUGUGUCGAUAGCACAAGAAGCCAUUUCUACCAAAACAACCCAAGUUAAUAUGACCCCAACAGAUUUUUCGUCUUCGGUGACAUCUGUGUCUGACACAAUGGAACCCUUCAGCUCCUCGACCAUCAAAACAGAUGCCCCAACGGCCCGCACUAGCACCUCUAUCUCCUCGAUAAAUGGAGAGAACACUACCACUAGUACAGAAAUGGCUUCAACUACAUCGUAUGCAUUAACAACAACGGUCCUUCCAUCAUCCUCAACAGCUUCUACCACUCAGGUAGGAACAACAAAGGUUACCACAACACAGCCUUCCUCUCUGUCUUCCUCUCUGAUCAGCACGAAAACACCAUCUAACUCUUCACCACUCGUCACUACUACACCUACAAUAUCACCAACCACCUUGUCCUCUGCAAGUUCUUCAAGGUCAACCACCCCUUUCUUGCACACAUCAAGUUCAACUAGCAUGUCGACAUCUUCUCCAUCAUCUUCGACUUCUUCAUCCUCUACAAGUAGCACGUCUUCCUCGCAUGUGCCUGCGACAUCAGAAAAACGUACAACGAAGUCCAAAAGUACGUUUCUAUCUACUAGUACGUACUUGCCUACAUCGUCACUUACAGGACAAACCGUUUCCAGCACAUCUACGGAAGGGACCAGCACGGGAACAACAUUAAGUUCAUUUCAAGAUAAAAUAAAAGACCUAAAUGGACAAAUCUCUGACUUGGAGGAGCAGAAGUUUAAUCUGUUUAUUGGUGUAGUUGCUCUUGCAGCCGUUCUUGUGCUGGUUUUGCUGAUCAUCACCAUUGUGUGCAUAAAGAAACAAAGAAAAAAGUCUAGGUCUCCAUUUGAGGAGUUUGAGAUAGACGUGGGAAGUCCCUUCAUGACGAGGGAGCCAGUAAGACACGACGACCUGUUUCGUCCUCGAUGUGCAACAGUGGGAAACAACGAUUCGGGAGACAACAUGAGGCUAGAAACGUUCUCCCGAGAGGAGGAAAACAAACAACGCCUGAGCAUGCUACAGAUGAUAAAGGAGGGGCUCAGUUCCCCAGACCGUUACUCAGUCCUUAUCGAAACGCAGGGGUCUGAAAUCCACAACGAGGAGUUGAAUAGAAAUAGCACAGAGAAACCAAAAGAUCCACAUAACAAUGAUGGUGAAAUUAUUAAUAGGGACAAGGAUAACAAAGACGCGUCUUCAGGCGAUCUGAAAGCAGGCCAAGAGACAGGGAGCAGAAAAUCUGGCAUAAAAGAAGCAUCUGGUGUCAUACCAACUGUGAAAGAUUCUCUAGGGGUGUCUGGAAGCCUACCCCCUUUUCCACCAAAAAGGGCUAGCGCUAACUAUGCACCGAAACAUUCAGAGGAGAUGUCGUCCAACCUACCCCCUCUACCAACGAAAGGGGCUCACGAUACUCUGAAGGAUUCAAAGGAAAUAACUGAAAACCUUUCCCCUCAACCAACAAAAGUUGGAGAGGACAAUCCAAACGAUUCAAAGGAGAUAACUGAUAACCUUCCUCCUCAACCAACAAGUGUGGAUGCAGAGAAUCCGAAAGAAGAAUCAAAUGAAGUAAUAAAUAGUCUACCCCCACCGCCUCCAGAAUUUAAAGACCCCGGGAACUUGACUGUAGAAACUAGUGAUUCUCAAGAUAAAUUACUAAGUGAUGCUUUAACAGUUGACACAGUCGACGCCAACGCAGUUAAAUAAUGGAAAGAAUAGUUCUAUAUCAUUUUUGGUUUUAAAUUUAUGGUUGAUUUCUUUUAUCAUGGAUAUAUUUUUAACAAAUCUGGAGGUUUUUGCAAUAAUAUAUUUUUUUAAAAACUGCCAUAUACGGAUGGUUUGUAGACGUAAUAUAUUUAGUAACAUUGCGAAAAGCCCUGGACUACAUGUACCUUCAGAGUAAUGACAAAUUGUAGGCUUUCCAUGUGGCAUUUAGGUAUAUAAAAGGGACACGAUCUAAACUGUGAUUGAGAAGUGGAAUCAAGAGAGUUGGGAUUUAAAUCGACAACAAACUUGGUCCAUGGCAAUUGAUAGAGAUGGACUUAUAUUAGAAUAAUUAUGUGAGAAGCAUGUAUGUAAAAAAUCAAAAUCAAUGUUUGGUGUACUAGAAAGAAGACUUAUGUGAAGUUGCAGUAAUUUGGUUAAGUGUCCUUUCUCAUAUGAUCAUUUUAACAAAUAACAACAUAAAUUAUACCAGCAAGGACUAAAGGAUAAAAAAAAUCUUUUUAACAGUGAUGUAUUACUUUUUCUGUAUCAGUAUAUUUAAAUUCUAAUUUUUUUAAGAUACAUACAUAAUUCUAACAAUUUGAAAUUAUAUUUACUAAUGCCAACAUCCAUACUUGCUCAAGCGUCUAUGUCAUUAUAAUGAGUGAUCUAUUCUAGGUAUAAAUUUGUAAUUUAGCCAAAAUUCUACUGUGUUUCAAAAAUUAUCAUAUAGUCACC